CAUACGGUACGGGAGAGUCCAUAACGUGCGUUCGGUUAGUUGUCAGUGUGCGAAAGCUUAACGGGUUUUACGGAAGUGUGGUGAAUUUUACACAUGCAAAAUAGAAAUUCAACAUAGUGGAAGGAAAAAAGGCCAGAAUAAUAAUAAUAAUAGUAAAUAACAACAAAGAAAGUUUUCAAACCUAAAAGAAAAGUGUUGAUUAUAAUUGCGUUAGUUUGAUCAAAGCAGUAUGAUGAUAAACUAACCAAAAGGGUACAAAGAGAGAAAGAGUGAGAAAGCAAUAAAGAACGAAAGGAUGCUGUCAAGUGUAUGUGUGUGUUGAGCAGGAAUUUAAGCUUGACUAAUAUUUUCAGUGUUUGUGAAAAUUAUUGUUAAAACAGAAUAACGGCAGCAGCUGAUGGUUAAGGACCAUUAUUAACGGAUGCUGGCCGUCAAAAGAAAUAUACAAUUUCUUCUUUUACUAACGUUUUCUAUAACAAAAAAUUCAAUUAGAAUUCAAGGUAGACUUUCAGACGUCUUUGCUAGCUUUUAAGCUAAAUUGUACAACAAAAAAAACGUUUGUUUUACAAAAUCAUAGUGUUUGGGUGUUAAAAAGAAAAUAAACUUCAGUUUUUGUUGUUGUGCUAACAUGCAUCUGUAUUAUGUUUUAACUUUGUUUGAGGCCUUUGCCGUCGUAUGCAAAUUGGUGUAAAUUUUAUUUUUACCGGUUUUACGUUGGUUAGCAAGUGUUUGUUUUGUAAAACUAAAAGAAAAAAAGUUUUCGAACUUGUGCAUGUUUACAAAAACAUCAAAGAAGGUGCUAAAGUGCAGCCAUAACCGUGACAUGAACAUAUAAUUACCAUCAUAAUCAGCUUAUGGACUUUAUCAUUGAAAUUUUUCUUUAUGUUUUAAAAACAAAAAUAAAAGGUGUUAUAUCUGUUAUAAAAGCUCAACAAAGACAUGCAUAAUCUUGUCUAGCUAGUUUCAAAAAGCAAUUAAAUUUGUUUCUCUACUAAUAAAUUACAUAUAAAAAGAAUAUCUUCACAGGCUUGAGAAAAAUUUCUCAGCAUAACGUUAAAAAAAGGCAUAUUUUUAAAACGUAAUUAGUAAUUACUAAACGUGUUUGCACAUGCACGUGCGUGCUACAAAUCUAAAAUAAAAGAGUGUUAAAAUUAUAAAAACGUGUGUUUAAACUUGUUCAUUAAAUUAUUAAAACCAUUAAAGUGAAAAAUGUAUUUUCUUAAGCCUAACUUGUGGUUUGUGCGACUUUUAGUGCUUAGCUGUGCCAGCAGCUUGGUCUUGGCCAAGUCCUCCCUGUCCAGUGGCAAUCACAAUAAUGAUCCUUGCUAUUUUGAGGGCAAACCACGUAAAUGUUUGCCCAGUUUUGUAAAUGCUGCCUAUGGCAAUCCAGUGCAAGCCUCCAGCACCUGUGGUACUCAUCAGCCAGAGAGAUAUUGUGAACUGAAACGUGAUGGUCUCAUGGAUGAGUGUCGCAUGUGUGAUAACUCUAGGCCCGAUAUGAAAUUUCCACCACAAUCUCUAACCGAUUUAAAUAAUCCCAAUAAUGUCACCUGUUGGCGUUCGGCUACCGUGCCAGUACCCUCGGAUCCAGAUACUGCACCACCAGAUAAUGUCACCUUGACACUGUCGUUGGGCAAGAAAUAUGAGCUAACCUAUGUGAGUUUAUCAUUCUGUCCCAAGUCUCCCAGACCGGAUUCAAUGGCCAUAUAUAAAAGCUCUGAUUAUGGACAAACUUGGCAACCAUUCCAGUUCUACAGUUCACAGUGUCAGAAAUUCUAUGGCCGUCCGGACAGAGCCAAAAUAAGUAAAUUCAAUGAGCAAGAAGCUAGAUGCAUGAAUUCUCAUCAUGAUGGCAAUACCAAUCGUUUUGCUUUCAAUACUCUAGAAGGCAGACCCUCGGCUAAUGAUUUGGAUUCCUCUUUAGUGCUACAGGACUGGGUAACUGCCACCGAUAUACGAGUAGUUUUCCAUCGUUUGGAAUUACCCAAAGAAUUGAUUAAUAUACAAUCAAAAUUGGAUAAUAAACCAGAUGCCAAUAGUUUUAGUGAUGAAAUGGCCAGCAGCCAAGAAGAUGAUGAAGAAGAUGAGGAUAUUACCGAUGAUGAAUAUGAUUAUAAUCUUCAUGACAAUGAUAGUGUACCCUAUGAGGAUGAUUUGGAAGAUUAUGCAGAGCCUAAGAAACAUUUGGAAUUGGAUGAUGAUUUGGAUUUAGAUUAUGCCAAUGAUGGCAUUAAUAUUAUGGCUUUAAAACCUAAACGUCUUAAUGCUUACAAACAAAAAUCCAUCAAUUAUGAAAAACACUAUAAAAAUAAAGCCGCCAAUUUAAAUAUGGCCAGCAGUUCCUCUUCUUCUUCGACAACAACAACAACUUCCACUACUGCCCAACCUAGCACCACUAAUAAAAAUUCUUAUACUUCCAACUCUAAUAAAAAUACACAAAAAUCUUCUUCGUUAGACAAACCCACAGCGGUACCUUCAGUACGUGAGCUCUUGGCCAAUUCACAACACUAUGCUGUUUCAGAUUUUGCUGUAGGUGGGCGUUGUAAAUGCAAUGGUCAUGCCUCUGAAUGUGUGGCUCAUGUUAGUUCCAAUGAAGCUAAUCUCUUCAAUAACGACGACGAUGAUGGCGGUGGCACUGGCUUAGGCAAUUUGGGUGAUUCCUCUGAUGAUGCAACAAAUUUUGGUGCUCGUUCUUCAUCUAUUGUGUCAGCAGCAAAUACUAACCUGGCCAUAAAUGCCAAAUUAACAAUGACAUGUGCUUGUAAACACAAUACAGCCGGACCGGAAUGUGAAAGAUGUAAACCCUUUUACUUUGAUCGACCAUGGGGACGUGCCACCGAUACUGAUGCCAAUGAAUGUAAAAGUAAGUUUUAA